CAUUUCCUGUUUUUAAAAAAGAGAACUCAGAAUUGCCGCAGACAUUCAGCCAUCUAGCUGGACCUUGCAAAAAAGAGAUCGGAGUGAGGCAUGUGACUCUCCUGGACUCCUGAACCCACAAAGCCUGAAGAUUCCAGAUUUCAUCCCCUCUGCAACACCGCCCCCCAGAAAGGUGACCCUGUGUGCCCAGGAGGAGGACUGAAGAGGGCAGGAUCCCUUGACGUGGGGAACAAGAGACAAGGCUCGCAGAAGAGGAAGAUUGUCAUGCACAGGAGAUGAUGACUAAGGAAGGGGGAAGACCCACCCUGAGUGUGGAGAGCAUCAUGCCAAAGGCUCAGAGAAAAAGAGGAAAGUGUGGUUCACUGAGCUGGCUUUGCAGGCAGCCUUGGAGCAUGGCGAGUCCAGAGCAUCCUGGGAGCCCUGGCUGGACAGGACCCAUAAACCAAUGCCUAACAAGGCCCAGACAGGAAGCAUUGCCCCCAGGUCCAGACCUCCCAUGCCCAGGACCAGAAGAAGUCCAAGAUGGCCCCAGCUCCAACUCCAGCAUGACCACAAGGGAGCUACAGGAGCACUGGCAGAAGGAGAAGAGCCGCUGGAAACAUGUCAGGCUGCUCUUCGAGAUCGCCUCGGCCCGCAUUGAGGAGAGGAGAGUCUCCAAGUUUGUGAUGUACCAGGUCGUGGUCAUCCAGACCGGGAGCUUCGACAGCGACAAGGCCGUGGUGGAACGGCGCUACUCGGACUUCGAGCGGCUGCACAAGGCCCUCCUGAAGCGCUUCGGGCCGGAGCUGGAGGACGUGGCGUUGCCGCGGAAGCGCCUGACCGGCAACCUGUCUGCCGAGACCAUCUGCGAGCGGCGCCGGGAGCUGCGCGAGUACCUGCGGCUGCUGUCGGCCGUGCGCGCCGUGCGCCGCUCGCGCGACUUCAUCGACUUCCUCACGCGGCCCGAGCUGCGCGAGGCCUUCGGCUGCCUGCGCGCCGGUCAGUACGCGCGCGCGCUCGACCUGCUGGGCCGCGUGGUGCCGCUGCACGAGAAGCUGACGGCGCACUGCCCGAGCGCCGCCGUGCCCGCGCUCUGCGCCAUGCUCGUGUGCCUGCGCGACCUGGAGCGGCCGGCCGAGGCUUUCGCGCUCGGCGAGCGCGCGCUGCGACGCCUGCGGGCGCGCGAGAGCCACCGCUACUACGCGCCGCUGCUGGACGCCAUGGUGCGCCUGGCCUACGCACUGGGCAAGGACUUGGCGUCGCUGCAGGGCCGCCUGGACGAGGACCAGCUCCGGAGGCCCACGCACAGGGGCGCCACCCUGAAGGAGCUCACCGUGCGAGAGUAUCUGUCCUGAUGUCUGAUCCCGCAUCCAGGCUGCGCGGACAGAGCCGCGGGUCGUCAUCGCUGGUGGGCUUUUUGCUUUGGACAAGCCCAUCUUUACUUUGAUGUCUUCUGAGCAGAGGGGCUCCUGGGACCCCUGAAAAAGCCAUCUUGUGACCCUUGAGUGCCAGAUUCUCUACACCCUAAACCUUCAAGCUCAGCUGUCAAAAUGUUGCAAGUAUAUGGACCUAACUUAGCUUCUCAGGAUGGGGAGGGCUUGCCUACCGCACAGAAUGAGUUCAAGGCCAGCCCAGACAGCUUGCUGAGCAUGGCUCCAAAUAAAGAGGUCUGAGGAUAUGACUUAAUGACACAGUGCUUGCCUAGCAUGUGAGACUCCUUUGCUUCAAUCUCCAGUAGUACCAAAAAAGGAAAAGAAGAAGCACCUCUUUUUUGUAGGCAGCCAGGGGAGAAACUUGCAGGGUCAUCCUGCAUAAACAUGCAACGCACUUCCCCAAAGACUGCCCGCGUGGUUACCCAAGAUCCUCCCUUCACUCCUCUGACCUUCCCACCCCCAUCCAUUGCAAGUAUUUCCAUCUAUUAGCCCAAAGGCCUACCUCCUCCUUUUGGUGCUACUCUCUCAGUAAAACAAGCUCUUGAGGGGGGGGGGGGAGGGCCGGGAGCCUUCAGGAUGGAGAUCAUAUGAUUCUUUGAAGUUUCGAGGAUGCUGGGAAGUCAGGUGUGGUAGACAAGGAGGAGGAGGCGAGGCUAGAAACUUACUACAUCCAACACAGUGUCUGCAGGUGGCCCCUUUGGGAGAUACUUAUACACUAGAGCAUGGGGACACCAUAUAAGUGCACUGAUGACCUCUUCAGAGGAGCCUACCCUUUCUGUCUUGCCUUGUGAUUUCCCUGCCCAGCCUUGGGACUCUUCGGAAGUCCCACCAUUUAGAAGGCCCUUGUAAGACACAGCCCCUUGACUUUGGACUUCCAGAAGCAAGCACUGAAUAAGGCCCUCUUCUUUAUGAAUGGUGUGGUUCAUGGUAUCCAGCUAUUGAACAGAAAAUGGGCCAAGGUGCAGACACACCAUGCCCUGCAGCCAAGGACAAUUCCAAACAGGAGUGAGGUUGGAAAUCUCUGAGCAUUUGGACUGCAGAGUGGCGCUCACCCACACCCGAGGCCUGAGGAUGUGUAGUUUGGUCCAAACUAGGUCAAGUGAAGAGACUGGGCUCAAGUGCUCUGUGAUGGAAGUGUCCUUGUAAAGCAAAUAAACAAGGACCUCAUGCAAAAGGAGUGCUUGGUGUCUCAAAACGAUGCAUGGGCUCGUGUGCAGGGGGGGGGGAAUGUGAAUAAACUAGGUCAAGUGAAGAGGCUGGGCUCAAGUGCUCUGUGAUGGAAGUAUCCUUGUAAAGCAAAUAAACAAGAACCUCAUCCAAAA